CGGCCGCCCCGGUGCUGAUCCCGCCGACGCCCACGGGCCGCGAGCAGCGCUGAGAGGGCACUAUGAGCGGGGGCGUCUACGGCGGAGAUGAGGUGGGGGCGCUGGUCUUUGACAUUGGCUCCUUCUCAGUCCGCGCUGGGUACGCUGGGGAGGACUGUCCCAAGGCUGACUUCCCCACCACCGUGGGGCUGCUGGCUGCAGAGGAGGGGGGCGGGCUGGAGUUGGAGGGAGAGAAAGAGAAGAAAGGGAAGAUCUUUCACAUCGACACCAACGCCCUCCACGUGCCUCGGGAUGGAGCAGAGGUCAUGUCUCCCCUCAAGAAUGGCAUGAUCGAGGACUGGGAGUGCUUUCGUGCGAUCCUGGAUCACACCUACAGCAAACAUGUCAAGUCUGAGCCAAACCUGCACCCAGUGCUCAUGUCUGAGGCCCCGUGGAACACACGUGCCAAGCGGGAGAAGCUGACAGAGCUGAUGUUCGAGCAGUACAACAUUCCUGCCUUCUUCUUAUGCAAGACAGCUGUACUUACCGCCUUUGCAAAUGGACGCUCCACAGGUCUGGUGCUGGACAGUGGGGCCACCCACACCACGGCCAUUCCAGUGCAUGAUGGCUACGUCCUGCAGCAAGGCAUUGUCAAGUCACCCCUGGCAGGGGACUUCAUCUCCAUGCAGUGCCGAGAGCUCUUCCAGGAAAUGGCCAUUGACAUCAUUCCGCCCUACAUGAUUGCAGCCAAGGAACCUGUACGGGAGGGUGCCCCCCCAAACUGGAAGAAGAAGGAGAAGUUACCCCAGGUUUCCAAGUCCUGGCAUAACUACAUGUGCAACGAGGUGAUCCAGGACUUCCAGGCCUCCGUGCUGCAGGUCUCAGACUCUCCCUACGAUGAGCAGGUGGCUGCGCAGAUGCCCACAGUCCACUAUGAGAUGCCCAAUGGCUACAACACAGACUACGGUGCUGAGCGGCUCCGCAUCCCUGAGGGCCUGUUUGAUCCCUCCAAUGUCAAGGGCCUGUCGGGGAACACCAUGCUAGGUGUGGGCCAUGUGGUGACCACCAGCAUCGGCAUGUGUGACAUUGACAUUCGCCCGGGCCUGUAUGGCAGUGUCAUUGUCACCGGUGGGAACACACUACUCCAGGGCUUCACGGACAGGCUCAAUCGAGAGCUUUCCCAGAAGACUCCGCCGAGCAUGAGACUGAAGCUCAUCGCCAGCAACAGCACCAUGGAGCGCAAGUUUAGCCCCUGGAUUGGGGGCUCCAUCCUGGCCUCAUUGGGCACUUUUCAGCAAAUGUGGAUCUCCAAGCAGGAAUAUGAGGAGGGCGGGAAGCAGUGCGUGGAGCGGAAGUGCCCCUGAGCGCGCCCCCUCCCCACCCGCAGGCCUGCCUGCCUGCCUGCCGCGGUGGGGGAGGGGACGCGAAAGGCUGAAGAGGGUUUCCCCCGCCUGUACUCCGCAAGCGCAGAUCGAAGUCCCCAACGCUCCCAUCGCCCCCUUUUCUUCCCCUUCCCACUCGUCCUCUUAGAUUGUGAUGUUUCUGGGUUAAAAGGAGUAAAAAUGUUUUAAGA